AUGAGCAGCACCACGCUGACGGACGUACCGCACUCGGACACGGCGCUCACGCCCGAGACGCGCGCCGCGCCCGACGAAUACCAGGUGCGCCGCGAGCAGAGCGGCUACGACGCGCGCGCCGCCGCCCGCGCGCUCGAGCAGGAGCAGCGGGAACGCGCCAGCAACGAGCAGCUGCGCCACCAGUCGACGGGCCCGCCCGGCACCUGGACCCCGGCGGCGCCCGACGACGCCGAGCCCGAGCAGUCCGUCUACUCGAGCGCGUCGGGCCGCGACCAGACGAGCCGCUGGCAGACGGACGAGUCGGCCGUCGACGACGGACAGGAGUACAGCAGCAUAUUCGGAGGCGACGCGUACCCGGGUCAGGAACCGGAUGAGCUGUACGAGGGCGAGGAGGAGGAAUACUACGGCCAGGGGCAGACGUAUGGAGGCGAAGAAGAGGGCUAUGGCGAAAGGGAGAUGUACGAAGGCGAGGAAGGUAUGUACCAGCAGCAGAUGUAUCAAGGAGGCGAACAGCAAAUGUAUCAACAAGGCGAACGGCAAAUGUACCAACAGGGCGAACAGCAAAUAUACCAAGAGGGCGAACAGCAAAUGUACCAACAAGGCGAGGAGCAAAUGUACCAACAGGGCGAACAGCAAAUGUACCAGGAGGGCGAACAGCAAAUGUACCAGGAGGGCGAACAGCCGGUGUACCAGGGCGGUGACGAGGCGGAUCAACCACGGAUGUAUGUGGGUGCCGAUGGCAUCUAUCCAGUGUCGGACGAGGCGGAGCAACCGCAGAUGUACGUCGGCGCCGACGGCAUCUACCCGAUACCGACGGGCGUGGAUGCCGACGGCGUGCCGGCCGACGCCACCUCGCCAGACGUGUCGUCGCUGCGCACGGCCGACCUCUCGUCGCUGGGCACCUCUGACGUCUCGACGGCUCGCUCUUCCGAGCUAUCUGCGCUGACCGGCGGCGUGCCGGCCGGCGAGACAUUCGACUCGACCAACACAGCGUACCAGGGCGCGCCCGGCGACCCGGGCGACCCGGCGCUGGCCGGCCAGUUCAUCGCGCUCGACGACUCGGCUGGCGCCUCGCUGAGCCGCGGUGCCGACUCAACUCUGGCCACGGCUGCUUCCCGGUCGCUGGGCUCGAUGGCCGGGUCGGAGCCCUCCGACGGCGCGCCGCCGCCCGACCGGAGCGGCACCUCGGGCGUGUACUCAGAGCCGUCGCAGAGCGUCGCCGCUGUCGCCGCAGCCGCCGCCUCCGACGCCUACAUGCAGCGCUACAGUGAGGUGAUGGAGAAGCUGUCGGAGGUGCAGCAGCGGCGCGACGAUCUGAUGCGCAGCUACUCGUCCGUUGCGGGCGAGCUGGCGACGACGCGCAGCUCGACCAGCGGCCGGCCGCGGCCGCCGCCCACGCUCAGUCGGGCCUCGGUCGAGGGCAUGGCGCCGCACGAGCUGAGCACCAUCCAGGAGGGAGACGCCACGGGCCGCUCGCGCACCCCGCUGAUGGAGAGCGGCGGCGCGGCCGACGCGGCGACUGGCCAGCCAGGCGACGUCACCUCCACGGGCAGCCUGCUGUCCCGCACCGGACCGCCUCCGGGCGGCGCGCCGGCCGCCGCCGGUCAGGACGACACGCUCAGCCAGCUUUCCAACCUGACCAGCUCGCAGGAGUACUUCUCGCAGGAGUCGCCGCGGCCCGGCUCGGCGGCGGCGGUUCUGGCUCAGCGCUCCGGUCCGCUGGCCGCGCUCGGCUCGACGUCCGAGGUGUCGCUGCGCAGCUCGGCGCUGGAGCGCGCGCUCGAGGCGUCGCGCGAGGCCAUCCGCUCCGUCAGUGGCGGCGGCUCGUUCAGCACUAUGUCGGCGCGUACGGCCAGCACUGGCGGCGGCGUCACGGCGCCGGCACGCCCCACCUCGGGCGCCAGCUCGCCAGACGUCGGUGCUAUUAUCAGCAAGCUGGGCAUGAGGUCGCGCUCUGGCCCGCUGGCGGCGCACGCCAACAGCUCCGGCUCUAGCUCCGGCUCACCUAUGCAGCCGGCCGACUUCACCAUACCGCAGUCGGACGACGAGGACUAG